AGGGACACGUGCGCGGGCUUCUGCGCUCUCUGCUCUGGUUGUUCGGAUAAAGUUUUCCUCCGUGUCGCUUUUCUUUGGUUUGACAUUAUUGUUGCAGAAUCAUGGCUGACUCUCAAGAAGAUAAACUUUACAGGGCGGAAUACGCGAAAAGCAGCCGCGCGUCGUGUAAGAAGUGUAAAGAUAACAUCGCUAAAGACUCGCUGCGGAUGGCUAUCAUGGUGCAGUCACCAAUGUUUGAUGGGAAGGUGCCACACUGGCACCACUUCUCUUGCUUCUGGCUGCGAGCAGCAGCCCAGUCCACCGCUGAUAUUGCUGGAUUUUCUGAUCUCCGCUGGGAGGACCAGGAGAAGGUGAAAAAGGCCAUUGAAAGUGGCGGCUCUGUAGCAGGAAAAGGUCAAAAAGGUGGAGCUAAAGGGGAGAAAACACUGAACGAGUUUGCAGUGGAAUACGCCAAAUCAAACCGCAGCACGUGCAAAGGCUGUGCACAGAAAAUCGAAAAGGAUCAGAUCCGCGUGUCCAAGAAAGCUGUGGAUCCAGAGAAGCCCCAGCUGGGCCUGAUAGACCGCUGGUACCACACGGCCUGUUUUGUGAGUAACAGGGAGGAACUGAUGUUUAAGCCCGAAUACAGUGCUGCCCAGCUGAAGGGAUUCAACACAUUACGGGCCGAAGACCAGCAGGACCUGAAAAAGAGGCUUCCUGCUGUCAAAUCUGAAGGGAAGCGGAAAGGCGACCAGGUUGAUGGAGUAUCAAAGAAACAAAAGAAGGAGGAAGAAGCUGAGCAGAAAAAGCUGGAAGAGCAGCUGAAGAGCCAAAGCCAGCUGAUAUGGGGAAUCAAGGACAAACUGAGAAAGUCUUGUUCAAUCAACGAUAUGAAGGAGCUGCUGAUUGCAAAUAAUCAAGAUGUUCCGUCUGGAGAGUCCAACGUAGUUGACAGUCUGGCCGAUGGCAUGGCCUUUGGAGCUCUCAAGCCGUGUAUGGAGUGCCAGGGCCAGCUGGUGUUCAAGGGGGACGCUUAUUACUGCACAGGGGACAUCUCAGCCUGGACAAAAUGUGUAUUUAAAACCAAGACACCCCUGCGAGCAGACUGGGUCACACCUAAGGAAUUUCAUGAAGUUCCAUUCCUGAAAAAAUUCAAAUUCAAGCGACAGGAUCGGCUGUUCCCGAAGGAUGUUCCUGCUCAAACUGUGACGGCAGUCAAAGCCGAGCCGACAGCGAGUGCGUCCAGUGCCCCCCUGGAACCGCUGCCAGAGGUUCCUGCCGACAAACCUCUUACUGGGAUGAAAGUGUUGACGGUGGGAAAGCUGUCCAAAAACAAAGAUGAAAUCAAAGCAGCAGUCGAGGAACUGGGUGGAAAGAUCACCGGCACAGCCAAUAAGGCAUCUCUCUGCAUCAGCACCAAGAAGGAUGUGGAGAAGAUGAAUAAGAAAAUGGAGGAAGUGCGAGAUGCUGGUGUGCGUGUGGUGGCUGAAGAUUUUCUUACAGACCUUAAAUCAUCAGGCAAAGCUCUCCAGGAACUGGUCUCCCUGCAUGCAGUCUCACCUUGGGGGGCAGAGGUCAAACUGGAGUCCAGCGUUCCAUCGGUGGCCUCUAAAUCUGGAGCAGUGGCCUCCAAGAGCUCAGGCAGGGUGAAGGAGGAAGAAGGUGCAGCCAAAGCAAAGAAGAUGAAGCUCACAGUCAAAGGAGGAGCUGCUGUGGAUCCAGCUUCAGGUCUGGAAAACAGUGCACACGUCCUGGAGCAGAAUGGGAAGAUGUACAGUGCCACACUGGGCCUGGUGGACAUCAUAAGAGGAACAAACUCCUACUAUAAACUGCAGCUGCUGGAGGACGAUGUGCAUAAACGGUACUGGGUGUUUCGGUCCUGGGGCAGAGUCGGGACCACCAUUGGUGGUGACAAGCUGGACAAGUUUCAUGACAAGAAUUCCGCCAUGGACAAUUUCCUGGGUGUUUACAAGGAGAAGACUGGCAACAACUGGGACUCCUCCAACUUCAUCAAAUAUCCCAACAAGUUCUAUCCCCUGGAGAUCGACUAUGGGCAGGAUGAAGAAGCAGUGAAGAAGCUGACAGCCUCUGCUGGCACCAAGUCCAAGCUGGCAAAACCCGUGCAGGGUCUUAUCAAGAUGAUCUUUGAUGUGGAGAGUAUGAAGAAAGCUAUGGUGGAGUUUGAGAUUGAUCUCCAGAAGAUGCCUCUUGGAAAGCUGAGUAAGAGACAGAUCCAGAGUGCCUAUACAAUCCUCACUGAAGUGCAGCAGGCCGUGUCAGACUGCGUCCCUGAAGCUCAGAUUGUUGAUCUCUCUAAUCGCUUCUACACGCUGAUACCUCAUGACUUCGGCAUGAAGAAACCGCCGCUGCUUAACAGUCUGGAUUACAUUCAGGCCAAAGUGGAGAUGCUGGACAACCUGUUGGACAUUGAAGUAGCUUACAGCCUGUUGAGAGGCGGAGCCCAGGACAAUGAGCACGAUCCCAUCGACAUCAACUAUGAGAAACUCAAGACCCAGAUUGCGGUUGUUGACAAAACCACAGAUGAGGCAGAGGUCAUUUUGCAGUACGUUAAGAAUACUCACGCUGCUACGCACAACACGUACACGCUGGAAGUGCAAGACAUCUUUAAAAUUGUUCGUGAAGGAGAACACCAGCGUUACCGACCGUUCGAGGAGCUACACAAUCGCCAGCUCCUGUGGCACGGGUCGCGUACCACCAACUACGCUGGUAUCCUGUCUCAGGGUCUCCGCAUUGCCCCCCCAGAGGCCCCAGUGACUGGCUACAUGUUUGGCAAAGGUGUUUAUUUUGCUGACAUGGUGUCCAAAAGCGCCAACUACUGCCACACCUCUCAGUCAGACCCUGUCGGCCUCAUCCUAUUGGCUGAGGUGGCCCUCGGCAACAUGCACGAAUUAAAGAAGGCGUCCCACAUUACCAAAUUACCAAAAGGCAAACACAGCGUGAAAGGUUUGGGUCGGACUGCCCCUGAUCCAAGUGAUGCCGGCACUUUAGAAGGGGUGCAAGUACCUCUGGGGAAAGGAGUCCAUACUAACAUUGAUGAUACAAGUCUACUGUACAACGAGUACAUCGUGUAUGACGUAGCACAGGUCAAAAUGAAGUAUCUCCUGAAGAUCAAGUUUAACUACCAGACGUCCCUGUGGUGAGGAGAGCCUCAGCUGCCUUCAGUCAAUACAAAGACCACGGUUGCCUCCAAAACUCUGGCCUUCAUUCUCUGCAGUCGAGAAGAGCAGUGCUGUUACACCGUGCUUUGCAGUAGUCAGUAGAAACCUUUACUUUGUCUUCCAAAUUGUUGACAUUAGCUGCUAGGAUCCGUACUUCAGACUUUCUCGCUAGGCUGUGAUAGAUCUCGGUAAGGUUUAGCAAUGAAAAUCAGUCAGGGAGGCCAUCUCUGUCCGUGGCAGGACGGACUUUGUCAUGUUGACGGUUAAUAAAUAGUUCAUAAUACUGUGCAGGCAUAGAACGUUGUGAAUUAAGAUGCAUGGUUCUGGAUAUAGUUUGACGGGAUUCUCCACUAAUGAAACGGUAAACACGUGGUUGACUCGUAGUUUGGGGUCAGAGUGUCUUCACAUGUACAUAUGUGUGUUUUGGUCUUUGCUCCUCUGUCUUCUUGGGUGAAAUUUUAAAAACUGCUCCUGUCAUGUAUUCUGUAAAAGAAAUGCCGCCCGUUUGAUACUGUACAUUUUUCUUUUGUUUGUU